AUGGCGGCCGUCACUGCCAAUUCAAUGGCUCAUCAGAUACCCCCUAUGUCCAUCCCUGCCAUGCCACGUAUACGGCCUCCUAGGAUGUUAAAGGGAGAACCUCAUCCAAACCAAGUUCUCCAACCUACGGUCGUCCCCAAAAAGUUCAACAUAAAAUGGGUCCAGGGCAAAUGGCGAGUGGGGGGAUCCAAUGCGGUCAAAAAUAAAAAGGCGACGCAAGACAUUCAAGUUACAAAGGCUCUUCGACAUCAGACGCAUGGCUUAGACAUCUACGCCUACCGCCAUGUUCGGACUAAUCAAGUUGUGUACAGCUUGACGAGAACGUUGCAGGAAACAAAAAUCCUCAAGCAGCUGCUUUACCAUGGCAAAAAGACUGUGCCUGCGUCGGUCCGUCCGGAUAUGUGGACGCCAUACUUUUCCAUACACUUUCCACCUACUGCUGCAGGAGCAUUAGAAGGCCUCUUCGCUUUCCAGAAACUCCGCGAGCUUUCGAUGCAAAGACAGCUAUCCCCACCCGAGGACUUGAUCAAAGCCACACAAGAGGAUAUAGAUGUUGUCAAAUCAAAGCUAGGGUCCCCCGUGACCCUUCAGGAAAUGGCUGCUCGUGAUGAGCUCACCGAGAAGAUUCCCAAGCUUGACGAACUCCUACCGAAGAAGUUGCGGGGACGAAAGUUGAUGGACCAAAAGGCCACCAGCGUUGCCGACGCUGCUUUUGUGCUUGACUGGAUAUCUUCGGGACCCAGUCCUUGGGAAAAAGUAACGGCGGUGGAAACCAAGCGGCUGAUAAACGCUUCGGAAAUGACAAACCGUGCGCGACGGCGCAUCAACAAGAUACGCAGGGAACUGGAGACAAAAGCCGCAGAGAUCCGAAAACGGGCAGCGCUGGCUCUCCAGGAUCUUCCCGCGCACGAGCGGGCACUCCUACCUCUCACACGCAACGCGGUCCAGCAGCUCAGUAUGGAGCACCAUGGCAUAGUCCGCGGGCGUAAGCUCGACAUCGUGGAUGGCGAAGACUACAAUCAUCUGAAGGGGCCGAACGACUACGAUUCCGUUCAGUUACGGGAAGAACUGAAACAGCAAAAUUUUGAUGUCUUCAGGGAACGCCAACAGGUCGCAAAGGCAGCGGAGCAGGAAGCUAUGGAGGAAUGGUUCCGUCACAACGAGGUCCCAAUUACGGAGACCGGCUCAGUCUGGGAACAAGUUUCUGCGGCUAGAGAAUCAGCUCUCGAGGCAUUUGAAGCCCAAGAAAGAUCAAACGGAAGGGCCAUCUCGAAACCUGAGUGGGCCGACAAACCGCGUGAGAUCAAGAUGUACUGGGCGGACUUGAAUGAUGGACUCUUCGCAGGCUCUUGGCCACGAAACGUCGUUCAUGGCGCGUUGGCACCCUUUGGCUUAGCAAAGGCCUGGAGGACGAAACGUGGACUUAAUGACGAGGGCGAAUUCGAGGAGGGCAAGCCGCAGCAGCAAUAUCAAGCGGUCGUGUCCAAGAGCGUGCAUGUUAUCGGCAGUGGAAUCAAUGAUGGUUGGAUGCCCGAGGAAAUGGCAAACGGGCAUACGCAACCACCGUUGUGGGAGCAACGGCCAUUGACAGAGAAUGAAGAAGAAGAGAUGGCGGAGUAUUCAGCUGAGCAGGAGGAGAUGCAAGAGGCUGGGGCUGGCUCGCCGGAACAGAAAGCUGCAUACAGGUCACCAACGGACGAGUACGAAGAUGUGGUGGUUGAGAACAGGUCUAGGGGUUUGUGGGGACGGGUCAGAGGGCUUUUUGGUCGAUGA